AUGGCGCAAACAACUCGCCCCAAUGCCUCGGCAAUAACCUCUCAUAUGAGCACAAAUAAUGAUUCCGCCCCGCACAUCGCAACAGCUGCCCAAGUCCAACACAACCUUCAACAUCAGCACCUCUGGACCUCAUUAACGAGCUACACAAUCCCAGCAAACACCACACAAACAGAACCCCUCAAUGCACCGAAAGAGCCAAUUCCUUUGAUCUCGGGCUACCCGCCACACCGGGUAUACACACACCCAGACGAGCAACUGUACAUGUUAGAAAACAAGAUCAAGGAAGACGAUCUGCAACCAGAGCGCAUGUUUGUCGUGCCGACUACGCAAGGGCAGUCAUGGAGUCUGCGCCACAUGGCCGUUGUCUUUGAUAAGCUACCGGAGUUUGUGGAACAAGCAAGAGAGCAGGAUGGUGGAUCACUGGGCGUGAAGGCUGCGGAUGAUCCCGAGAAGCGGGAGCAGUUGGCCAGGUAUUACGCCAAGAAGGAGGAGGUUUCGCGUACGGGAGAAUGGGGCUCACAGCGUCUGCUGCUUGCUAUGAUCGAUAAGGGGAUGGGUGGAGAUGGGACGGUGGCGUACUAUGUUGUGCAGGAGGGAGAGGUGAAGCCCCGGCAGAAUUGA